UAAUAAAUAAAUAAAGAGAAAAACGUACACAAGAAUAGGAACGGACAAAAUAGGAACAGCAGCUCUGACCUCCGAGGCUCCUCUACUGAGUCGUCUCUUCCCACACGGCCUCAGCGGUGAGCUCGAGCUACCCUGGAGCUGAUUGCGUCAGGCAGCCAUCAGAGCUCUGCAUCUGAUUGUGGGGAAACGACGAACGAACGGGUGAUCGAUGGAUGCGGGCCUGUUGAGUGCAUUUGUAAAGAAACUCGUGGCGAGGUUGUUCGUGUUAGCGGAGGAGAAAUACAAGCUGUACAAGGGCUUUGAAGAGGAUGUUCAUUUCCUGAUGGAAGAGCUUCCUAUGAUCACGAGUGCCAUUGAUGAGCAGCUGGCAGGGAAGGAUGAUCUCACAUUGCAUUUCAAGGUCAAAGAAUUGCACCAAUUGGCUCAAGAAAUGGAGGACUGCAUAGAUUGCAUCAUGUAUCGUGCCUCCAAGGAACAGCAACCAUGGUACCGUAUAAACCACGCACCUGGGAACAGGAUAAGAACCCGUUUGCAGUUAGCCAAGGAGAUGAAGAGACUCAAGAGAAGGUUGCAGGAAGCCCACCAGCGCAAGGAGAGAUACCCAGUGCCCUGUCCGUCCCAUCCUGAGCUACCUCCAUCGUCCUCGGAUCGUCUCAUCGCUCAAGAAGAUCUGGUCGGCAUUGACGCGUCUCUGAAAGAGCUUCUGGAGCACUUGGCGGACGGGAAGGGGGCCCAACGGAAUCAGCUGAACGUGAUCUCUAUCGUUGGGUUUUGUGGAUUGGGGAAGACUGUUCUUGCCCAAGAGUUGUACGACAGUGAGGUCGGCAGGCAAUUUGAGAAAAGAGCAUGGGUUUCCGCUGGGCAGCGGAAUCCGGAGGCGCUGUUAAUGGAGAUUCUCCGGCAAGUGCAUGAUGAACCACCGUUGGUUAACUCUGAUGCCCGCCAGCUUAGCAUUGAUCUCAGAAACUAUCUAAAGACCAAGAGGUAUUUCAUUGUAAUUGAUGACAUCCGAUCAACGGAUCAGUGGAACCGCAUAAAAUCCGCCUUCCCGCGGCUACAAGAUGUUAGUAGCAGAAUAGUUGUAACAACGAAAUUCCAGUCAGUGGCGAAUACCUGCAGCUCUACCAAUGGCUACGUGCACAAAAUGAGAAGACUUGAUGACGAAUGCUCAAAGCAGCUGUUACUAAAGGAGUCGUGUCUGCAGGAAUGUUCAGAUUCCUCGCAGUUGGAUCCGAAGGUAAUAUUGGAUAAAUGUGAUGGUCAACCACUUGCUUUGACUGCCGUGGGCCAAUUCAUUCAAAGUAGGAACUCAGUUGAGCAACCUGAAUGGGAAGGUGUUUGCAAGGACGUACGGUGUCAUUUGGACAGCGACGAUGCCUUAAAGAGAAUGCAUCAGGUGCUGACCCAUGACUACACCAGCCUUCCAACCCAUGAACUCAAGGCUUGCUUGCUAUAUUUUGCUAUGUUCCCCAGUGACCAUCGAGUCAGGACGAAAAGGCUGAUGAGGCGAUGGUUAGCUGAGGGAUUUUUGGUACCAUCACCUUUAUGCAGUGAUCCAGCUGCUCAAAGUUUCAGGGAGCUCAUGGACCGCAACAUCAUCCAGUCCAUUGAUGUAAGCAACAACUUGAAGGUGAAAACAUGCAAAACCUAUGGCAUGAUGCACGAGUAUGUUGUACGCAAGUCUCUCUCCGAAAACAUCAUUGCUUUGUUUGAUGAUGGAAAGAUCCAACCGAAACAUGCUCGUCGCCUUUCUCUCCAUGACAGCAGUAUUUCAGAUUCCACCAAUCUGGAAUUUGAUCUAUCCCAUGUCAGAUCUCUGACAGUCAUUGGGGAGGCAGGUAAAGCUAUGUUGGAUUUUAAAAAGUAUCAGUUACUGAGAGUCUUGGAUCUUGAACAAUGUACUGACUUGCAAAAUGAUCAUCUCAAAGAAAUAUGCAACCUAUUACUUAUAAAAUAUCUAAGCCUAGGGGGCAAGGUUACAUGCCUUACCAAGGAGCUAAAAAAGCUGAAACUUUUGGAGACGCUUGAUCUAAGGAGAACAUAUGUAAAGAUCCUACCUCUCGAAGUCAUCCAACUGCCCAAUUUAAUUCAUCUCUUUGGAAAGUUCAAGCUUCCAAAUAAAGUAGUGCAAAGUAAACUGCACAAGUUUCUUUCUUCAGGACAAUUUAAGUUACAGACAUUAUCAGGAUUUCUUGUCGACGAAAGUGAAGGAUUUGCAGAGCUUAUGGUUCAUAUGAAUAAAUUACGAAAGGUGAAGAUCUGGUGCGAGUCAUCCGCAACAAGUAGUAGCUUGACUAAUGUUAAGCAGGCCAUACAGAAGUUCAUUCAUGAUGUAAAGGACCCAGCGGAUGACCCUCGUUCUUUGUCAGUCCAUUUUGAAGGAUGCUCCGAAAACUUGCUAGAAGGCUUGGAAGCUCCCUGCUAUCUUAGGUCGCUGAAAUUACAGGGUAACCUACCGAAAUUGCCUGAGUUUGUCACAGCACUUCGUCGACUCAGGGAAUUGUGCCUUCAAUCAGCUAGAUUGACAGCUGAUCUUCUAACAGCUUUGGGUAAUUUGAAAGACCUGCUGUACCUGAAGCUGGUUGCAGAUAAACUUGAAGAGAUCACCUUUAGGGACAGGGCAUUGCCCAACCUGCUCUGCUUGUGUUUUGUGGUGAAACAUCCAACAUUUCCGAAGGUUGAAGAUGGUGCUCUGCCACUUCUCGUAUCACUUCAGCUGCUUUGUGAAAAUUUGGAUGACCAGUGCGUUGUCCAGAUCAAAGGCUUUACACGUCUGAGGGAAGUAGUUCUUUAUGAUGAACUCAACACUGAUGUUAAAGCAAAUUGGGUACAGGCAGUUAAGGAACAUCAGAACAGGCCAAAAGUUCUUCUGCUCAAAAAGGCUGAUCCACCCGAAGGGGCAACUGAAAAUGAGAUUACAGAAUGUUUUGCUAUGUCAGAGGGACAAGUACAAAAAACAGGAAUCCAAAUGCCACCAGAAGAGCCGAAAUUUGCUUCCAACAACAAGGGACAGCCAGUGGCUUGUGUUGCUCUAACUGGUUUGCCCAUUGCUGGUAUUGGCACAGUGUCUUCUUAAUCAUUUGGGACAAUUGCAUAUAUGCCCUAACUAUGAAUUUGCCCCUUUUUUUCUCACGUUGCUUUAUUUCCCCCCUCUUUUUCAAAAUGAACUUGUCGUUUGUCUUGUCCCUGUUCUGUGCUGCCUUUUGAGGCUGGCCUAUUAAAUGAUCUUUUUUUUUUCAAAAAGAAACCAGAUUGACAAUAGAGAAACCACUGGUUUUGUGAAAA